GCCCGUGUUGCCGUUUGAAAGCGGAGCGGCGGAAUGUGUGAGGCCUCCUGGACGUUGGUGCCCAGAGCCGUGUCCUCCAGCCAGCAAGUGACUCCGUCUCAGCACCCUCCCGGCCCCAUGGCGCUGGGCACCCCGCCCGAGGAGGGCAGCGUGGCUGUUAUGGUCCGUGUGCGGCCCCCCGCCCCCUGCGAGCGCGAGCGGGCCACGCACCCCAUCCUGCACGUCCUCGACCAGCACGUCAUUGUCUUCAACCCCGAAGAGCCCAGCGGCUCCCGCAGCAGCGUGCUGCCCGCCCGCGGGCCCAAGCACCAGGGCAAGGACCUCAAGUUUGUCUUUGACCGGGUUUUUGGGCAGGAGGCCACGCAGGAGGAGGUGUUUCGGCACACUACCUGUGAGAUGUUGGACAGUGUCCUCAAUGGCUACAACUGCUCCGUGUUCGCCUACGGCGCGACAGGAGCAGGAAAAACCUACACCAUGCUGGGCUCGGAAAAAAGCCCUGGCAUCAUGUACCUCACUAUGGUGGAGCUGUACAAGAGGAUCGAGGCCAGGAAGGAGAAGAGCUGUGAAGUGCUUGUCUCCUACCAGGAGGUGUACAACGAACAGAUUUAUGACCUGCUGGAGCCCAAGGGCCCUCUGGCCAUCCGGGAGGAUCCUGAGAAAGGAGUUGUGGUUCAGGGUCUCUCCUGCCACCAGCCCGUGUCGGCAGAGCAGCUGCUGGAGAUGUUGGCCAACGGCAACAAGAACCGGACGCAGCAUCCCACCGAUGCCAACACCACCUCCUCCCGCUCGCAUGCCAUCUUCCAGAUCUACGUGAAGCAGCAGGACUGCACUGGCAGCCUCACUGGGGAACUGCAAGUGGCCAAGAUGAGCUUGAUCGACUUGGCAGGCUCGGAGCGAGCUUCAGUCACCAACACCAAGGGAGAGCGGCUCCGGGAGGGUGCCAACAUCAACCGCUCGCUGCUGGCCCUCAUCAAUGUCAUCAACGCGUUAGCUGAUGCAAAGAGCAAGAAAACCCACAUCCCGUACCGGGACAGCAAGCUCACACGCUUGCUGAAGGACGCCAUUGGCGGCAACUGCCGCACCGUCAUGAUCGCUGCCGUGAGUCCCUCCGUCCUGGCCUACGAGGACACCUACAACACGCUCAAGUACGCCAGCCGGGCCAAGGAGAUCAAGCUGUCGCUGAAGAGCAACGUGACCAGCUUUGACUGCCGCGUUAGUAAAUAUGCUGUGGUCUGUGAGCAGCUGAAAGCAGAGGUGGCAGAUCUGCGGGCGAAGCUCCGUGCCUACGAGGACGCUGCCCGGGAAUCGCAGAACCAGGCGCCUGCACUGCUGGCUCCCCCCUGCUUGAGCCCAGUGGGGCUGCCCAGGUUGGAAGAAGCUGUCCCAAAGACCUGUUUGGCCCUGGAUGAUCAGAGGGAGAGUGAUGGAGAGCAGCAGGAGCUGGGAGCUGGAUGGCCUGUUCAGAUGCAGCUGGAAUUGGAGGAGGAGGCUCCAGAGGAAAUGCCUCCCAGCAGCCCCAGAGCAACCCACCAGACAAACAUCCAGUUGGAAUCGAAGGAACCAAGCCGCCUUCUACAGGGGCUGUCCGGCAGCCAGACAGAGAUGCUCCUAGCUGCCAUCCUGAGUGUUGCCCAAAAGCAGUAUUCCCUCCUGAAGGCUGCCAACCUCCUUACUCCUGACAUGGUCUCUGAAUUUGAGGAGCUGGAGCGCCUGGUCCAUCAGGAGGCUGGUGUAAGCCGGGAGCAAGCCAUGUCUCCAACCAGACCCGCAGAGGUCAGCGGGGCCACCCCCGCCCAGAGGGUGCGGCUGGGCUCUGACGCCGAGGAGUCUGUCGCCGUGCCCAGCACCCCUGUGACGGACGCCACGCCGCAAUGCUUGCAGCAGCUCACUCUGCUCUCCGAUCCCACCCUGACGGCUCUCAGCCCGAUUAAGAAGAGGAGGAAGACUGAGAUGAACAGCCCUUCCCAACCGGGAACUCCCCGCAGCCUCAAACAGCAGAUGAAAUGCCAGCAGAGACGUGGGAAAGAAGCAGAGACUCCCAGGGCAGCGCAGAGCCCAGGCGUGCCCUGUCUCAAAGCAGCAGCCCAGCCACGCCCCGUCUCCCUGGUGCCAUCGUCUUUCACCCCUAAAAACUGCCCGCUGACAGCCACCAAAAGCCGCGUGCCCCUGGCGAUGUCGGCUGCCCAAAACCACUGCCCCCUGCCCGUCGUGCCUGUCCACGACCUGAAUGUGACUUUUGAGAUCUGUGAGGACAGUGCUUUACCCAACGUGGCCGAGCCAGCUGCCUUCAGCCUGCCUGAGUUGUCUAUCUGGGACAAUGUCCAGGGCCUCCUAAACAAGCAGGACGGCCCCUUCGUGCCCAAAUCCUGCAUCCCGGCGUUUGCCGUGAGGGGUUCCUCCAUCCCCAAACCCUCCUCGACCUCCAAACUGUCUGCGCAGAAGCGGAAGCGAGCGGAGAGCACCUCUUUCUCCACCCUGGGCAGGCUCCAGAGCCACAUCACCCAGGUCCCGAGCAGAACCCCGAGGUCUGCGCAGCCCUCCCGCGCCUCAGCCUCAGAACGCCCGAAGGGCAGCAAGAGGACCUCCAAAGAUCUCACAGCACUUGCCAGCGCCCCCUCUGCUCCCACCCCCCAGCCAAUGAAGCUCUUAUGCUGAUGGCUGCUCCAUCCACCGUCCCUCCCACUGUUCAAACCCAGGUGCCAAACUUCCCCCUUCCUCUCGUUAACCCUCUCCCAACCUUCCUGCAGCCCCACAACGCUCCCCCCAAGCCCUUCUUGUACCUCUGAAUUCACCCCCAGUCACCUCCUGUCCAGGGUCCCAGUUAUGUCCCCCGUUGCGUGUUUCUCCCCCUCGGCGCAGCCCUGUGUAUUUUUGCAGCAGAUGGAUUAUUGUUGUUCCCUCUCAGCCCCUCUCUAAUCUGCGCCGGGGUGUCGAGUGCUAACAGAUGGGUGAUGCUAAGAAAUAACACGCGCUUUUAAUAAAUCUUUUCGUUUCAAACCAGA